CCCAGGGCGGUCCCAAACUCACCGCUCGCCGUCACUCACUCCGACUCACCCAUGACAGCGACAGAAAACAUCGCCAACCAUCGUUCAAUGGAAUGUGCCACGGAAAGCCUCUCCGGGUAGGGAUCGACGGAAAUCUUAAUUUUGAAUGUCAAGCUGAGCAGCAUGUGUGGACCCCGGAUCGGGCACAUGCAGUUGGCCUGCGCGGGAGUGUUCGUGAGCGUGUUUCUCAUCGUCGGAGGGCUCAAGUGUCAC